GUCACUAUGGCUUCUCGUGGGGUUGUUGGUAUUUUUCUACUCUCUGCUCUCCCCCUCUUGUGUCUGGAGCUCCGGCGUGGGAUACCAGAUCUGGGAAUCAAAGAUCUAAUUUUGCUGUGUGGCCGGAUUUUCCUACUGCUUGCUCUUCUUACAUUAAUUAUUUCUGUGACUAGCUCAUGGGUUAACUCGUUUAAACCUUCCCAAGUUUAUCUGAAAGAAGAAGAAGAGAAGAACGAGAAAAGGCAAAAACUUGUGAGGAAAAAACAACAAGAGGCACAAGGUGAAAAGGUCAGCAGAUACAUAGAGAAUGUUCUAAAACCUAGCCAGGAAAUGAAGUUGAAAAAGCUGGAAGAACGCUUUUAUCAGAUGACGGGUGAAACCUGGAAGUUAAGCAAUGGUCAUAAACUUGGGGGUGAUGAAGAUUUGGAGCUUGAUAGUGAGAGUCAGACGUCUUUUGAAACACCAAACAGAGAAGCAGCAAAGAGACGGAACUUGCCUAAGCCUGUAACCAAAGUUUUACCACCCACUGAGCAGCCCACGAAGAAGGAGGUUCUUGAUUUUCCUGAAGAACCUCCUGAAACAGCUGAAGAAGUCGUGACUGUAGCUCUCCGCUGUCCAAGUGGGCGUGUCCUGAGGAGAAGGUUUUUUAAGUCUUGCAGUUCACAGGUCUUGUUUGACUGGAUGAUGAAGAUUGGGUAUAGCACAUCCCUAUACAGCCUUUCUACUUCCUUUCCCAGAAGGCCUCUGGAAGUGGAGGGAGGCUGGUCACUGCAGGACAUUGGAAUAACUGUGGAUACUGUACUCAACGUGGAAGAGAAAGAGCAGAGCAGCUAGUUAAGAAAUGCCAACUAGCUGUUUUACAUGAAAUCAGUUACACCAUGACCUUAGAGGACAAUAGAGGAUUCACAUUAAAAUCAUGCCAUAUGUUGAUUGAGCUCAAGGCCAUAAACAUUUCAAUGUUGAUCUCCAUGGAAAUGUAUGGACAUAAAGUAUUACAAAAGGAUUGCUCUCUACAUAUAAUAAUUAGGGAGUGUGCCAUAUUACAAUGUACCAAAUGAGGAUGAGAUAGAAAUGUAUACAGUAAGGUGCUCAUUAAUUUGUAUUUUCCCCAGCUGACGUCAUUUAUCAGUUUCUUUCAUUGGCCUUGCCAUAGUGAACAUUUCACCAUUCAAACUCUCUAAGGUCUUCUAAGUAGGAAUGUUUAGUUUGCUGUAUUUCCAGAAAUUAAACUUUGAAAAUGUUUCA